GGUAAGGAUUUUGUUUUACAUUUUCAGUAUAAAAAUAAUCAAACAUUUAUAAAGUAUGACAAGUCUAUGUGAACCUAUUUGUUUUUGACUCACUCAGGAGCGCCUUCUAGUGUCUGAUAAACCCAGGAAAGACUCUUAAGUGGGUGUUCUUCUCUCUACAGACUCUCUGAUAUAUAACCAGAGCCGGUCUAUGGGUUUAGAUAGCGCCAUGUUAACGCUAACUAAACAAGAGCCGGUGGCUAAGCUAAACUAAGCUUGCCAGCGAAAUUUGGGAUUUUUCAAAGUAAAAGCCUCUUAUUAAGUCGAGGUUAAAUGUUUUCUCAUAGUAAGGUAAAUCGUUUGAUAGGACAGUUAUUCACACUGUAAUAAUUAAGAGAAAAAAUAUGCUUUUAUUAUCAUAUUUAUAUUUAAAUUAAAUUAAAUUAUUUUACGACGGACCGCUGGAGAAUGGCUUUGAGUUGCCCAGAAGGCAUCCGGGUGUAUUGUAGCUGUGUUCACACACUCUUUAUGAAGUGUGUGUAGCAGGUAAACAGGUCACUGAAGCGUGUUGUUAUUAGUAAGGGUGUUAGCGCUGUAAACAGAGAGAUAAGAUAAGGUUAAGAAUGUCACGGCUGUUCCUGCUGUCUCCGAGUCUCCUGUGCUGCAGGUGUAGAUACCGGACUCAGCUCGCGGACUCUGUCUCCUGUGUCGUGAGGUUUCGGCCGGGCUGUGCGGGUCAGCUGAGAGCUGCGGGAGCUCAGCACAGCAGAUUCUACCUGAGCGCGGGGGCCCGGCGCGCUGUCCGCUCCUCCGGCGGGGGACGGCGGGGACUGUGGGUGCUGGGCCUCGGGGCGGGUUUACUCUUAGCUCUGGGGUUAAAACAGCAGUACAGACCUGAGCGCUGCGAGUGUGAACCUGAGGAAACACAGCCGCUUCAGAGCGCCUCACACUACAGCUCCGCUAUACACAUCAGCAGAGACCUGCUCCAGCGGGUAAAGGUACAGGAUGAGGUGGGAGCUCCUGGGAUGGUCAUUGGAGUCUCAGUGGAUGGAACCCCUGUUUGGUGUGAAGGACUUGGAUAUGCUGAUCUGGAGAACAGAGUGGCUUGUGGUCCAGACACUGUAAUGAGAAUAGCCAGCAUCAGUAAGCCUUUGACUGCAGCAGCUGUUGCUCGAGUGUGGGAAGAGGGCAAGUUGGAUCUAGACGCCCCUGUCCAGAAAUAUGUUCCAGAGUUCCCAGAAAAACAGUUUGAGGGCGAGGAUGUCACGAUAACACCGCGAAUGCUGCUGUCUCACUUGAGUGGCAUCCGACACUAUGAAAAAGACCCCAAAAAGGUGAGAGAAGACAAGGAAAAAGCAAAGCGUCGUCUGAAGCCUUCAGAGAAGAAAGAACAGAAGAGCGUUGAGGACAAAGAAAAGUCUCGACAAGAGGAGAACAGUACUAAGAGCAAAGAUGCCAAACCAGGUCAAAAGAAGAAAGAGUUUGAACAUGGAGAAUACUACCUCAAAGACAACUUUGAGAAUGUGAACCAGGCCUUGGAUCUAUUUAAAGACGAUCCACUUAUUUUUAAACCUGGCACUACAUUUCUGUACUCCACACAUGCCUUUACUUUGUUGAGUGCUGUAUUGGAGAGAGCAGCUGGUCAGCAGUUCCUGGACCUCAUGCAGAAGAUGUUUCGUGAUAUCGGCAUGCUCAACACAGUGCCAGACGAGAAUGACCCCAUUAUCUACAAACGCUCCAGGUUUUAUCAUUUCAAUAAAAAAGGACGUAUUGUAAACUGCCCCUAUGUGGACAACUCCUACAAGUGGGCUGGAGGUGGCUUCCUCUCCACCGCAGGUGAUCUACUACUGUUUGGAAAUGCCAUGCUCUACAGCUACCAGAUAGCAGACUUAAAGGACAUGAGUGGCCUCCUUCCAGGCUUUCUUAAACCUCAAACCUCCAAAGCCAUGUGGACAGCUGUGGACAAGACGGAGGCUUCGUGGGAUAAGGACGGACUAUAUGCGCAAGGCUGGCUGGUUGUGGAGCAGCAUCAGAAAUACGGGCAGUGUCGUAUUCGCAGGCAUUAUGUCUCGCACACUGGAGGUGCAGUUGGGGCAAGCAGUGUCUUAUUGGUGUUACCCAGUGAGACUUUACAAGCCCCAGAUAAGUGUGUGACUCUUCCUCAAGGAGUUGUGGUGGUUAUUAUCACAAACAUGCAGUCUGUAGGACUCAAUACUGUUGCUCUGAAGAUUGCUCAUGAGUUUGAGAAGGCCAGAGAUGCGUGAAGAUCGUGCAGGCUGAUCUCUAGUUUGGGAUGUGCACUUUCAAUCAAGUGACUUCAUUUCAAGAGUCCUACAAUGAAUUUGUGCAAAAAGCUGUCCUGUGUACUUUGUUUACAGUUAUCCUGUACGAUUGUCAGCAAAAGCCAUUCACACAUUUUAAAUUGUACUUUAGUGCCAUGUAUUUCUAUUUGUGGGAGUGAUUUGAAUUUGUUUUAUAUAUCAUUUGAGUAGUAUUUUUAAUAAACAUGCUAUACCAACAUGUGUA